GAGCCCGCCGCCGCCUCCGUCGUCAUUGCCAAGGAACUUCGGUACUGCACGUCUGGAAACCGACAGUACAUGUAGUUCAGAUCAUGUAGCAAACAAUAUGACCUCUGAGAAGACUCAUCAAUCGAGCAGUAUCAAGGAGGAGUCGGCUCCACCCUCGUCCGAUGGAGCAGGCUUCACAUUCUUCAACAUCUCCCAUCCUUCAGAAGCUAGAAGCUCUCAGUAUCGCAGAAAAGUCCGCAGUAAUGUCACCAAGCAACAACAUCGCGUCCGAAAACCCCACACCACGGCUAAAAGCUUCAGGCCUUUCCAGCCUGAUGCAAAGACGGGCCUAUCCUUGACCCGACAGGAGAUUGUGGCAAUAGAUUCCCCCGAGUCACAGGAAUUUCAAGACGCAGUGCAGAGCCGUGUCGGAUGGGUAGAUGAGAGCUGGAGUAGCACAAACGCUUCCCAGACUCCCACAGUGGCCUCGUCCAGUUCCACAACCACACCUGAUGCCAAACCUGAAUUACCAUCUUCCUCUCGGCCCCGAGUUCAGAUUAAGCGGGAACGCGUGAUCACACCUCCGGAAUUGAUUAAUUCGAUCAAUUCAGAAUCAACUACAUCUGUCACAAAUUCUGGCUUUGAGAAACGCAGAAAGAUUUCACUGACUUUCAUAAACGAGACUGGUCACAGCUUGGACGACCACGAGGACGAGGAUAUCAGCCCAGGUCAAGCCAACGAGCAAGCCAUUGUACGCCAGCCACGAACUCCUUCCCCAGAAAAAAUCAGCGUCGCUCAACACGAUCCCUUCAAUUGCUUCACGGUUCCAUGGCAACCCUGGUACGACGGCCUCCUCCACUACAUGAUGACAGUCUUCGCCCGACGCGCCUGGCCAACCCUCAAGAUCACAUCAGCAGAAGGCAUGAAAUGGGAAACCUUCAUGACUCAACACGCAAUGGAAGAACCCGCACUCUUCUACGUCCGCUUACUAUUCGCCUCAGGCGAACUCGUCCAAGUCGGAUCUCUCCGCCGCGAACGCUCACAUUGGCUGCAAGCGCAAGCGAUAGCAGUCAUCAAUGAAGCCCUUUCAGAUCCCAAGCGGUCAAUAUCCGAUGGCCUCAUACUGGCAGUCGGUCGGAUUGCCCUACACGAAUGCAUGUAUGGGAAUCGAGAUGCUGCGACUCAUAUGCAUCGACCAGCGCAGAAACGAAUGAUUGAUUUGCGUGGUGGGAUGAAACAGUUGGAUUUUCCGCCUUUGGUGAAGAGGUUGAUGCGGUGGUCUGAUAGGGUCAUGUCAAUGUAUGGUAAUACGGAGCGUAUGAUCCCGGAUAAGGACGACGAUGAUGAAGGGACGUAUGAUUUGAAACAGAGUCUUAAUGCUUUUGAGGUUUGGGCACCUGAGCCGGGAAAGGCUUUGCGGAAAAGAAUUGCUAUUGAUGAUUUGGUAAACUAA